GGGAAUUUAUUUGUCCACAGGCGCAGCUGUCCUACAGUCCAUUGCCUGCCAGGGACCCAAAGCUGCUCUGAUCACCCGAGGAUUCUCCCUCCCAAACCAAGCGCCUCCAACUGACCUCUGACUCCUGACCUCUGGCCCCACCUGCCCUGCUCUGCCCUUUGCAAGGGGCUGGGAAGCCCCUAGAAACGGCUGUGGACGUGGGUGUUUGCCCGCCUAGAGAGCAACGGCUGGGCUGGGGCGCAGCUCGCAGCCCCCGCCAGGCCCGCCAUGGCUCGGCGGCUCCAGGAUGAGCUGGCCGCCUUCUUCUUCGAAUAUGACACCCCCCGUAUGGUGCUUGUGCGCAACAAGAAAGUGGGCGUCAUAUUCCGCCUGACCCAGCUCGUGGUUCUGGUCUACGUUGUUGGGUGGGUCUUUGUCUACGAGAAGGGCUACCAGACCUCCAGUGGCCUCAUCAGCAGCGUGUCUGUGAAACUCAAGGGACUGGCUGUGACACAGCUCCCAGACCUGAGCCCCCAGGUCUGGGACGUGGCUGACUAUGUCUUCCCAGCCCAGGGGGACAGCUCCUUCGUGGUCAUGACCAAUUUCAUCGUGACGCCCCAUCAGGCCCAAGGCUACUGUGCAGAGCAUCCGGAAGGCGGCACGUGCAAGGAUGACAGUGGCUGCACCCCAGGGAAGGCAGAAUGGAAGGCUCAAGGCAUCCGCACAGGCAAGUGUGUGGCCUUCAAUGACACCGUGCAGACCUGUGAGAUCUUCGGCUGGUGCCCUGUGGAAGUGGAUGAUAAUGUCCCACGCCCUGCCCUGCUCCGAGAGGCUGAGAACUUCACUCUCUUCAUCAAGAACAGCAUCAGCUUUCCACGCUUCCAGGUCAACAGGCGCAACCUGGUGGAGGAGGUGAACGCCACCUACAUGAAGAAAUGCGUCUAUCACAAGAUCUUACACCCGCUGUGCCCGUUCUUCAACCUCGGCUACGUGGCACGAGCGUCAGGGCAGAGUUUCGGCACCCUGGCCGAGAAGGGUGGCGUGAUAGGCAUCACCAUCGACUGGAACUGUGACCUGGACUGGCAUGUGCGACACUGCAAACCCAUCUAUGAGUUCCAUGGGCUGUAUGCGGAGAAAAAUCUGUCUCAAGGCUUCAAUUUCAGGUUUGCCAGGUACUUCGUGGAGAAUGGGACCAACCACCGGCACCUCUUCAAGGUGUUUGGGAUUCGCUUUGACAUCCUUGUGGACGGCAAGGCUGGGAAGUUUGACAUCAUUCCUACAAUGACUACCAUCGGCUCCGGAAUCGGCAUCUUUGGGGUGGCCACCGUUCUCUGCGACCUGCUGCUGCUGCACAUCCUGCCCAAGAGGCACUACUACAAGCAGAAGAAGUUCAAGUACGCAGAGGACAUGGGGCCUGAGGCGAGAGAGCGUGACCCCGCGGCCACCAGCUCGACCCUGGGCCUGCAGGAGAACAUGAGGACAUCCUGACCCUCCGCCCCUGACUCCUGACUGGACACAGUGUGAGGCUCCCAGGGGAGGCCCUGGGGGGUCCAGCCCGGGGGGAGGGGUCUCCUCAGAAGCUCUCCUGCCCUCUCAGCCAGGUAGACAUCGGUUGGCCGGCAGCUCAGUGUGGACCCGGGAGAGACCUGUGCAAUUCUGAGCUUUGAUUCCAACUGUGCACCCCACCGAGAACUUCACCCCAGCCUCAGCCUCUCCUGGAGUGGAGGUGCUGGCGCCGGGCGGCCCCUCUCGCUCCUGAACUGGAGCUCUGAGCUUCCCUCUGUGGGCCUCACCCGUCCCACUACCUCGGGUCUCUAGACCCGUGCUCUCCCAUAGGACAGCCACUAGCCACAGGGGACCAUUUAAAUUUAAAUUAAUUAAAAUGGAAUGAAAUAACAACUUUGAUUCCUCAAACUAGCCAUGUUGUAACUGCUAAGUGGACACAUGGGGCCGGUGGCUGCCCUACUGGACAGUACAGAGCAUCCGCAGCACCACACAACAUGCCCUUGAUAGCUCUGCUUGAGCCCUGUGUCUUACUGGCCUCAGCUCUGUGGGGAGCUCAUCAACCCCGCAGGCCCUGGGCGCACACCAGACCUAGGGAACCAGACUCGCCAAGGCUGGCCACGUGAUCUGCAAGGCCAGCAGCCGCCCCAGGCCAUGUUAGGGACCUCCGUUUAAGAUGCUCUGGAUCAGUUAGCAGACAGCCUGGGCCUGCAUCGCCUGGCAACUGCCGGUGGUGAGCAGGUGUGUGGUGUGCUCACGAGCCACACAGUGUUUCCUGCACACUCACCUGGAUGCACAACCCCCUUCUACCCACACUGUGUAUUUGAACAGCUUGGGCCCUGCAAACACAGCCAUCUGAACACACCUACACCUGCAAGCACAGACGUCUGGUCCACACCAUGUCACCUCCAUGGGAAAUGCUUCUCACAAGUGUGUCAGGCCAGGACAGCCCCGUCAGCCAUGAAUCCUUACUCAGCUACCUCUGGUCAGGUGGGAGCCUUGGCCAAACCCUGGGCUCCCCGCCUGUGGCCCAGCCCCAGCUCCCAAGGCCUGCCCGGCUCUGUCUGAACACCAGGUCUGGGGAAAGCAAGGGGUGGAGUACAAUAAAAGGAACG